ACGCGGACCUUAGCCGCUAGCAGCAGCAGUUAAUCCUCUCGUCAGUCACCUCGUCCUUCACUAGGAUGAAAACCAUGUUGGCGAUCAUUUCUAACGCACUGUGCCGGAUCACAGGGAGGAGUGCGGGAGAGCAAACCGUGUCGGAGCUGCUGAUUGGCCUGUCAGAAUAUGUCAAUCUGACGUCUCCUCCAGCGGCGGUGCUCGUUCCCCCACAGGCCCGGCGGCUCCCACCCAAACCACCACCAGUUCGACCAGCAGCAGGCGGCGCCGCCCAGUUAGUGAGCAGCCGGACGGACCGACCGGACCGACCCGGCGCCAGAGUCGUCGCCUCCCGCUCCUUAUCUGACUUCACUCCUCAGGCGACCUUUGACAUCAAGAAAUGCGACGUGCACCGGCUGGAGGCGGGGCCUCCUGUGAAGGCGGAGCUAACACGGGAGCAGGGCCUGCAGUAUUACCGCACCAUGCAGAUGGUGCGGCGCAUGGAGCUGAAAGCCGACCAGCUCUACAAGCAGAAGAUCAUCCGGGGUUUCUGCCACCUCUACGAUGGACAGGAAGCGUGUGCUGCCGGAAUCGAAGCCGCCAUCAACCCGUCGGAUCACCUGAUCACGGCGUACCGAGCGCACGGCUACACCUACACCCGCGGCGUCUCCGUCAGAGAGAUCCUGGCCGAGCUCACAGGUCGCAUAGGGGGCGUGGCCAAAGGGAAGGGCGGCUCCAUGCACAUGUACGCGCCUCACUUCUACGGUGGCAACGGGAUUGUAGGCGCUCAGGUGCCGCUGGGCGCCGGCAUCGCUCUGGCCUGCCAGUACCAAGGAAACAACCAGAUCUGUGUGGCGUUGUACGGCGACGGAGCCGCAAACCAGGGUCAGCUGUUUGAGUCCUUCAACAUGGCCGCCCUCUGGAAGCUGCCGUGCGUCUUCAUCUGUGAGAACAACAAGUACGGCAUGGGGACGUCGGUGGAGCGGGCGUCAGCCAGCACCGACUACUACAAGCGGGGCGACUUCAUCCCCGGACUCAGAGUGGACGGGAUGGACGUCCUGUGCGUCAGAGAGGCGGCGAGGUUCGCUGCAGAUCACUGCAGAGCCGGGAAGGGGCCAAUCAUCAUGGAGCUGCAGACCUACCGUUACCAUGGACACAGCAUGAGUGACCCGGGCGUCAGCUACCGGACCCGGGAGGAGAUCCAGGAGGUCCGCAGUAAGAGCGACCCGAUCUCCCUGCUGAAGGAGCGACUGCUCAGCAACAACAUGGCGUCCGUGGAGGAGCUCAAGGAAAUCGACAUCCAGAUCCGUAAGGAGGUGGAGGAGGCGGCUCAGUUCGCAACCUCUGACCCCGAGCCGCCGCUGGAGGAACUCUGCAACCAUAUUUUCUCCAACAACCCGCCGCUGGAGGUCCGCGGGACGAACCCCUGGUCCAAACUGAAAUCCAUCAGCUAAAACGUCCCGACUGUGAAUCAAACCUGCCAGUAUUUAUUUACCUGAAACUGUUUUUAAUAGAAUCUAAAUUAUUUAAUGAGCUGAGAGUCGGACCAGGCUGCUAGUGGCGCAGAAACACAAACAUUAGCUUUUCAUCUGAACGCGCCGUCCUGCAAACAAACGCACAACUACAAGGUUUAAUUUCCGACCCAAAUCCAACAUCCUGCUGGAGUUUUAAAAAGUUAUGAAACUUGAAAGAAUGGGAGCAAUGUUGGAAAAUUUGCAGCAUCAUUCUUGAGUCACAAGGUCACGUCAAUGUAAGCAGAAUCAGUUUAAAGGAGCUGAGCACUACAAAAACAGAACACUAACUUAUUUCUAGUUUUCUGU